GCGCCCGUGUUUUCCUUUGCGGCACCCCGCAUGUGUGUAGUGUAGUAUUUCGAGGAGUUUAUGUUAGACGUGACAGAUAUUGCAGUGUUAUUUAUGGAGUUAUGCGGGAUACAUUAACCGAACAUGCUGGGAAACAUGCAGCAAUCUGUUGCCCGCUAUUUAAUAUUUUUUCAAUACGCAGGAACCAAAUACAGUGGUGUAAUGAAAGCACCAGCCCAUCAAGCAGUAGAGGGCGUACAGAAUCACUUAGAGAAUGCAGUGCGAAAACUAAAGCCGGUUAAUGAAGUGUCAGUGGUCAUCUCCAGUAGAACAGACUCUGGUGUGCACGCCCUUAGUAACUCUGCACAUGUAGAUAUCCUGCGGAGAGGAGACAAACCACCUCUCCUGGAGCAACACUUGAUCGAGGCCCUAAAUUAUCACUUAAAACCAGAACCUAUAAGAAUCACCAGGGCUUAUCGCGUACAGAGCGACUUCCAUGCACGCUACCGCGCCGUAUCAAGGACAUACGUGUACCGAUUCGCUUUCGGUCUCAGGCACUACACGGAGAUGCCCGUAAUGGAGAGUGAUCUAUGCUGGGCACUACACGACACGAACCUGAAUAUCAGUGCAAUGCAAGAAGCUGCUGGACUGCUUUUAGGAACCCACAACUUCAGCACCUUCCGUGCCCUCAACUCAGAGACCCCCUUUAAGAAUCCAGUGAAGACCCUAGAGUUGGCCCAGCUAGAACCCGGAUGCUCUUUCAGUCAAAGACACUUUCACAGAGAUAUUCAGUUUUGGGAGCUCACUUUUAAAAGUAAAUCGUUUUUAUACAAACAAGUGCGGAGGAUGACCGGGGCGCUUGUUGCCGUCGGUCAGGGUAGAUUGGUAGCACGGCAGAUUCAGGAACUACUAGACACACAAGAUUCUCUAGCCUUCCCAAAUAAUCUGAUCGCUCCGGCCCAUGGUUUGUUUCUGACCAACAUAGAGUACAGAGACGAAGUCUUUCACAUUGCUGUUGGAUGUCACUCCUGAGGUUUGAUUUGGUUGAAAUUCAACAGACACCGGACUGGAAUGGCCACAACACAUCUAGAAAUGCUGAUUAAAUGAGAAUUUGAGAUCAGCAAUGAGAAAAUGAGUCUCUUAAUUUGUCCGCAGCUGUAUACGUGCAAUUUUUGUGUACAUUUAAUAAUUGGAUAAAUAUGCAGUUUACAACUAAACACAUUGCAUUGUGCACUGUAUCCCACAAUUCAAUGUACAACAAUUUUAAAUGCAGAAUUAAAAUGCGGUUUUCCUUUUCUCACAGAUCUUGUGCCUUACACUGAACAUUUAUGAAGUAUGCAUACAACUGUAAUAUUAUCCAUACAUAUAUAUGAUGCAAAUGUGUUUUAGAAAAUGUAUUAAAGUGCCAUUUUUAAUAACACUUGAAUGACAUUGUCGUUGUAAACAAAAAACAUUUAGUUAAU